AAUAAAUACCGAGAGAAGAUCCGCCCCCUGUGUGAUUCAAGCUCUGGACCUUUUGCAGGUUUCGCGGCGCAUUUCUCAGCCUGGCAUCGACGGGGCCGCUCGUCAGUCGGCCUUAUUGAAAUAUCGCGAAAACAUAUGGAAAUAGCGAGAAAACGGGGGGACAUCUCUCACCGACGGCGACACGUGCUCCUCUCCUCUCCCCCUCCUCAUAUGAGUUUUUGAAGAGGGAGGGCAGGGCAGCUUGUGCAUCUCAUCGUCUUCCUCAUCUGGCGUCGGAGCGCACAGCCGUGUGUGAGCCAUGACUCUGAGCUCAGAGAUGUCGGAUGCCUCCAUCCUUUCGGAAGAGACCGACAUAGACGUGGUCGGGGAAGGUGAGGAUGGGGACAACCAGACGCGCUCCUACGUGGACGAGGUGGCACAGAUGCACGACGGCAUCCUCCUGGCCGGCUCUCCUCCUCCGUGCCUGGACAGCUCCACCUCCUCAAGGGAUGCCUACAAGCCGGCGGGUAAGAACACCCUGGUGAAGCCUCCUUACUCCUACAUCGCCUUAAUCACCAUGGCCAUUCUGCAGAGCCCCAAAAAGAGGCUCACUCUCAGCGAGAUCUGCGACUUCAUCAGCAACCGCUUCCCGUACUACAGGGAGAAGUUCCCGGCCUGGCAGAACUCCAUCAGGCACAACUUGUCCCUCAAUGACUGCUUCGUGAAGAUACCGAGGGAGCCCGGGAACCCUGGGAAAGGCAACUACUGGACCUUGGACCCGGAGUCUGCCGAUAUGUUUGACAACGGGAGCUUUCUGAGACGGAGGAAACGCUUCAAGCGGCAGCAAGCGCAGGACUUGCUGCGGGAACACAACAGCUUUAUCCCCGCCGCCGCCGCUGCUGCGUACGGGUACGGACCGUACGGCUGCGGAGGAUACGGCAUCCAGCUCCAGUCCUACCACACACACUCUGCACUUUUUGCUUUUCAGCAGCAGCAACAGCAGCACUCCAGGCAUACACACACGGGAACCAUUAUCCCCGCGCCGUCUUUGAUGCCCACCACCACGGACUUAGCCAGGAGUAGGUUUUAUCCCCAGCUCAGCUCCAGCCUGGGCUCAGCCAGCGUGCAGGCUGCAGCCCCGGUGCAGAAGUCCAGCUCUCCGGUGCAGCGGUCACCCUUCUCCAUAGAGAGUAUCAUCGGGGGGUCACUGAGCCCCUCCAGGACUUCUCCGGUCGUUGUCCCGGCGUUACCCUCCUCUCUGGGGCCUGCAGGGGCCGGCCAGCCGCAGACCGUCCAUCCCGGAGCGGUUUUACACCCGGUUGAAAACUUUCCGAACAGAGUUGUCAGCGGCUCUAGCGGCUGUUAAAUGUCUUAACAACAAACAUUUGAAGAAACUAAAAUAAAAGAAACAGCAACAAAAACAAAAAACGUCCCUCUUUGAAGGUAGGAUUAUUUUUGUAUGUUUGUUUGAUAGCACGCAGCAGAAUGAUGGACAUAAACAACACUAUUUGUGCCUAUAUUCAUGCUGUUUUUUAAAAAGAUAUAUUUAUGUUCAUUCUCCGGCGUGAAUCAGACUUUUGACCACAAAGUUUUCCUUGUAUUUUCCAUCAAGUAAUUCGUUUCAGUCACUGUUUAGGGCGUCUCAGGAUAACGACUUUAUGAACAGGUUAUAAAUGAUCACAUGUUUUAAAAAAAAUAGGCUAAUAAUGUAUUUGUGUCAAACACAACCAUGUUUUUUAUUAUUAGUGUGGCAAAUCAAAACCAUUUUUUACAGUUUUGAUUUGAACUUUGUAAAACACAGAGAGCAAAGUCAUACAUUUAUAACAAUAUGCAGUGUGUGUUUAUUUCAGUAAUAAAACCUUGUACAUUUUGGGCAAGUAUUGUGUAAUUGAAGUGUGAUAUUUUUACACAGUUUGUUUUUUUUUUUUUUCAACAAGAAUAAAUUUUGUUUGACUUAAAAGGCAAUUUGUUUGGAAAUAAAUUUCUUAAAUAACGUUGAGCUUCCUGGGCCUAAAUUUCUACCCAGGGUUUGCACCGAGGACACAAUCAGGCUGAAUAACGUUACCAAAACACGUGAAGUUGGAUGAGCUUAUGACUUUAUCUUUAACAACGAUCCAAACAGGCUGUAACUGUAUGG